AUGGCGGCUAUACCCGUAAUAGAUUUUGCGCCAUAUUCUUUGUCUGUACCAGAACACGAAGUGGACCCCAAAGUUCUCCAAGAGCUCGCAGAUGAACUUUGUAAGGCUUUUACCACGUUUGGAUUCGUGUAUCUGAAAAACCAUGGAAUACAUCAAAACAUUGUAGAAGAGGUCUUUUCCACAUCAAAAACUUUCUUCGAUAAACCAGUGGAAGUAAAACAGGAAUACACUCGACCAGCCGGUUCGAAUCACGGAUAAGUGUCUUUGGAAAGGGAAAAUUCAAAUCCAGAGCGACCAUCCGCAGAUUUGAAAGAAGCUUACAAUAUGACUAUCGAUGAUGAACAUUUCACACCCGUUGAUAUUGUUCCAAACUUCUACGAUGUAUUCAAGUCUUUGUUUACCAGUGCUCAUGAAUUAGGAAACAGAAUCCUGGAUUUAAUAUCGGUUGGUCUUAACAUUGAUCAAAGUUUCAUCCGGGACUGUCACAAGAAUGUUGGCAAAAAGGGUAACCCCACGAUACUGCGAUCUUUGUAUUAUCCACCGAUAUCAAAAGAGGUCAAGCCAGGACAGGCGCGUUGUGGGGAACACUCGGACUACGGGUCCAUUACGUUACUGUUCCAAGACGAUGUCGGGGGACUGGAGGUAAAACCUGUUGGGGCGGACUAUGUACCAGCCACUCCUAUUCCCGGUACAGUGCUGGUAAACCUUGGGGACCUAAUGCAGCGAUGGACGGCUGAUAAACUGGUGGCCACGAAACACCGCGUACUAAUUCCCGAGAGAGAAGUGAUGCUGAGCAAAGGGAGACAAUCCAUUGCAUUCUUUCUUUAUCCUGAUGAUGACGUCAUCAUUAAGUGUUUGGACGGUUCCGGGAAGUAUGAGGAAAUCUCCAGCAUCGAUUAUCUGAACCAUCGCCUUGCUGUUACAUAUUAAUCAUGCUUAAUGCUCAAACGUAAAUUUAUAUAUCAAUUUAUAAUAUAAACCUAU